UGGGUUGGAGAAAUGGCGGCUUCUGGGGAGAGCGGGGCUACGGGCGGCGGAGGCGGCACAGAGGAUGCGUUUAUGACCUUCUACAGUGAGGUGAAGCAAAUAGAAAAGAGAGAUUCGGUUUUAACAUCCAAAAAUCAGAUUGAGAGAUUGACCCGUCCUGGUUCCUCCUACUUCAACUUGAACCCCUUUGAGGUUCUUCAGAUAGAUCCUGAAGUGACAGAUGAGGAAAUAAAAAAGAGAUUUCGGCAGUUAUCUAUCUUGGUGCAUCCUGACAAAAAUCAAGAUGAUGCUGACCGAGCACAAAAGGCCUUUGAAGCUGUGGACAAAGCUUACAAGUUGCUACUGGAUCAGGAACAAAAGAAGAGGGCCCUGGAUGUAAUUCAGGCAGGAAAAGAAUACGUGGAACACACUGUGAAAGAGCGAAAAAAGCAAUUAAAGAAGGAAGGGAAACCUACAAACGUGGAAGAAGAUGAUCCUGAGCUGUUCAAACAGGCAGUAUACAAACAGACCAUGAAGCUCUUUGCUGAACUGGAAAUUAAAAGAAAAGAAAGAGAAGCCAAAGAGAUGCAUGAAAGGAAGCGACAAAGGGAAGAAGAGAUUGAAGCCCAAGAAAAAGCCAAACGAGAGAGGGAGUGGCAGAAAAACUUUGAGGAAAGUCGAGAUGGUCGUGUGGAUAGCUGGCGAAAUUUCCAAGCAAACACAAAAGGCAAGAAAGAGAAGAAAAAUCGAACUUUCCUGAGACCACCAAAAGUAAAAAUGGAGCAGCGUGAGUGA